GGAAAGAGAGGGAGGGGUAUGCUAAAUAAACAUCUCUAUUUAUCUCUUUCAACUAAUGCGGUCUCUCAGGGCAUAUACCAGGCCUCACAUGCAGAUUGGGUGUGUGCCUGCAGUAGAUGGGCUGCCUGUGUAUCUUCAUAUGUGUGUGUAAGAGAAAAAAUACUUUCGUGAUUUAGUUCAUAAAUUAAGUACCUGAAUUUUGAUUAUUAAAUAUAUUUAAGCAUGCUUAAAGGACACACAAAAUUUAAUAUUUCCAUCCAAUGGAAUCUUUUUUCAUAAGGCACCCAAUAUGAUGCCUUUCUGGACCUUUCUGGGUUUCUUCUGGACUGUUACUGGACUCCGAGCAGAGAACUGGGGAGACUGACAGCCGUGAAUAUAGGAUGGGUUGUGCUUGUAGUGACGAGAAACAUCGCAAAGACUCUAAAGGGCAUGAACAUAAUAAUUCAUCAAACUCUAACAACUUUCAUUUGUCAAGAGAUCACAGGAAGCAGAGCAACAGUCUAGAUGAAGAUAUAGUCAUUGCUCAAUUUGACUUCCAGCCUGUUAGUGAUAAUGAUCUACAGUUCAAAAAAGGAGACAGACUCAAGAUUAUUAAAGAGACUGGUGAAUGGUGGUUGGCGAAGUCCUUGGUCACUGGUUGUGAGGGAUAUAUUCCGUCUACAUAUGUGGCAAGAGCACAGACGAUGGAGGUGGAGAGAUGGUUUUUAAAGGACAUGAGUCGGAGAGACACAGAGCGUCUUCUGCUGGCACCGGGAAACAAACCUGGAGCAUUUCUUGUGAGAGAAAGUGAAACAACCAAAGGUGCUUUCUCUCUGUCUAUAAGAGACUCCACCCCAGAGCAUGGUGAUGUUGUCAAGCAUUAUAAGAUCCGAGGCCUUGAUAACGGUGGUUUCUACAUCUCUCCCUCCACAACCUUUUCUUCUCUUCAGGAAUUAGUCAAAUAUUACUCCAGGACCGCAGAUGGUUUAUGUCAGAAGCUUGGAAGUCCGUGUAAAACCGCUGCCCCUCAGAGACCCUGGGCUCAAGAUGAGUGGGAGAUUCCCAGAGAGACUCUGAAAAUGGUGAAAAAACUGGGUGCCGGUCAGUUUGGAGAAGUGUGGAUGGGGUACUACAAAAACUCCCAGAAAGUUGCCAUCAAGACUUUAAAGGAAGGCACCAUGGAGCCAGAAGCAUUCCUUCAGGAGGCUAAUCUGAUGAAGAAGCUCCAGCACGAGAGACUGGUCAAACUGCACGCUGUAGUCACCAAAGAACCCAUAUAUAUUGUCACAGAAUACAUGGCUAAUGGAAGCUUAUUAGACUUUCUGAAGACGGAAGAUGGCCACCAAUUAAAACUUCCCAAGCUGAUUGAUAUGGCUGCACAAAUUGCAGAGGGAAUGGCUUUCAUAGAAAGGAAAAAUUACAUUCACAGAGACCUGCGUGCGGCUAAUAUUCUAGUCUCUGAGACCCUGCACUGUAAAAUAGCAGACUUUGGCCUUGCCAGGAUCAUAGAAUCUGAAUACACUGCACAAGAAGGUGCAAAGUUCCCUAUUAAAUGGACGGCCCCUGAGGCCAUCAACUUCGGUACUUUCACCAUCAAGUCAGACGUGUGGUCCUUUGGAGUUCUUUUGACAGAGAUUGUCACGUACGGCAGAGUACCGUAUCCAGGCAUGACGAAUCCAGAGGUGAUCCGUAAUCUUGACAGGGACUACAGGAUGCCGUGUCCAGAUGGAUGUCCAGAGGAGCUUUAUGACAUCAUGCUGAAGUGCUGGAGGGAUAGGCCAGAGGACAGGCCCACCUUUGACCACCUGCAGGACAUACUCAAUGACUUUUUCAUUGCUACAGAGGGCCAGUACGAGAUGCAACCAUGACCUCAAUGCAGAACCAAUAGAUGAACUGAAAAGGGGAUGCACGAAAACAUAUGGAAUGAUAGGAUGGACUAAACUCCAGAUCAAAAUAUGGAUUAUGGGGAAUAUACUAAAGCAACAAUAAUGAAUCCCUGUAUAUCAGUAAAACAUUUUUUUUUUACAUUUACUGUAUACCAGCUUUGUCAAGAUUUUUUUCUUAGAUUUGUUUUAUCUUGUGGGCUUCUUAGGGUAUUUCAUUAUUUUUUUAAAGGUGAGUGUGCACUUUUUUCCGAUAAGUUACUUUCUUCUAUCACCGCUGUAAGUAUGCAGACAAAUGUAAAUAUGACGUUUGUUUGAUUCCCCUGAAAGACUGUGGCUCUGUUUGUUUGAGCAUUUGACCAGCCCAGCCUAAACAAUGGUACGAGAUUGGGGCGGAGCUAUCAUUUUAUCCAACCAAUUGGAAGACUGGGGGAGUGUUUUACCAGUCAUUAUUUAUGCAGUUAAUUUUGAUUAUUUUAUUCACAGAAAUUAAACACUUUAACUCUCUGAUAAAUCGGUUUUUAACAGUGAGUAAACAAAAUCCUCUUAUAUUUCAGUUGGAAAUUUAAAAGCAUGCACAGAUAUUAAACAUUAUUUCUGCACAUACCUAUGAAUCAUUUGAACUCUGAAAUAAUUUGAAUGUGUUUAAAUGAGCUGACUACAUGAGCAGUGAAGUUUCAUGUAGGAAACCAUAAAAUGAUCAGUCAUUACAGGACUUAGCACUUACAUGGCUUCCUCUUGAGAUAACAGACCGUGAAUGUUCUGCUCACCAUGAAUAGAUUAAAUAGUUAGAUAACAGUCAAGGAAUUUGUGAUUAUUCACUACUAUUUAAAAGUUUGUGGUUGGUAAGAUUUUUUUAAUGUAAAAAAAAAAGAAAAAUUCUAUUCUCACCAAGGCUGCAUUUACUUGAUCAAAUAUUCAGUAAAAACAGUACUAUCGGGAAGCAGUAUUACAAUUUCAAAUAACAAUUUCAACAUAUUUUUAAAUAUAAUUAAUUCAGAUUAUAUAGUUUAUAUUAAAGGGUAUGUACAAAAACAUGUAGGUCAAAAGGAUGGACAAAUAUACCCAUUGCCAAAAUCAUGAAUGAAACAUGAAUCAAGUUUUUCUGCUAAUGUUUUGAGAACAUCAUUAAAGACCAUUAAAGAUAAUUCUAAACAAACAUUCUGUUAAUGUAACAUUUGUUCAGAACUUUGAGAACACAGCCAAAGUUCUGAGAACAUUUCCUCUUUUUCACAGUCACACGAUCCUUCGGAAACCACUGGCAUUUCGUAUUAUCGAAACAGUUGUUCGGCUUAAAACUUUUGUGGAAAACAUGAUAUAUACAUUUUUUUUCAGAAGAAAUAGAUGAUGAAUAGAAAGUUCACAAGAACAGCAUUUAUUUUAUUUAUUGUAAUAAAUAUUUAUAAGUUUUAAAUAAAAUUUAUUUACUGUCACU